AAGAAGAAGAAGACAGGUGUAAAGUAGGAGAGAUCAGUUUGGAGACCACUGCAUUUAUUCUAGAAGUUAAUGGUACCAGAAAUUAAUCAGAAACAUUUGAUAUGUUUGAAAAGGCGGGGGACAAUGUACUUAUGGAACACAAAAAGGUGGGAUGCAAUUAUUUUUUAGAAUGCUCAACUUGUAAGAAAACAGAUCUGUUUGGCCGCUACUCUUUGCUGCCAGGCGCUUCCAGAUUUAAUUCUGGCGCACACCUUUUGGGGUUUUGCAGCCGACCUAGAAAGCAUUGCAGAGUACCCGUGGGGCCGGCAGGUGGCGCCAUGGGACCGCGAGCCGCGAAAAGAAGCUUUGCAGCCCCAGCCGGAAUCCAUCAGCACAGCCGUCAGUUCUGCACCGGUGCUGCUGCUCCCGGAGGAGCGGUGCUCACAAGUUGAGGGCAAGAGGCUUGGCCAGUACUCUGAUUUCCUUUUAGGCUAAGGUGCACCCGAAGCCCUCCUUAGUCGGCUUCUGAAACCCUCAGGGGCCAGGAGGGCGCAGCCCUUUCUGCACCGGCAUUGAAAACCGGAGGGCUUGCAAGGCAGAGCAGCGAGAGCCCGCAGCCCCGGGCUGCAGGGUGACGUUCCAAACCCGCCAAGCUAGAAGCCGGCACCUACUACCGAGUCCUCCCCAGGGAGCGCCCUACCCACGGGCCGCUCCUUUUCAUUGGCAGCCGGGCUGGAGACUCCGCCCCCUUCUCUACGGCUCUCAUCUAUGAUUGGCUCUCGAGUCCCGGCUGUCCACGCCUCCUCCCCUCGCACAUACACAAGAGUCACGCGCCUUUCAGUUGGAAACUUGGCGUGCGGAGGAGGACAGUGGACCCUAGCUCCCCGCCCAUUUACCUUGCCAUUGGCCCGUGGCGCCGCGCAUGACCACGCCCCCAUUCCAGCCCCCUGGCUGGGAGGGUGGGCGCUUGCUUUUGAUUGGCUGGCAGGCUUGCCUCUUGCAGGAGCAGCUGGUUGCUCCUCUCCCUCCCGCCCUCUCCCUCCUCCCGCGGGGCCUCGGGGUUCCUCAGCUGGCGGCGUUGAGUCAGUGUCAGUCAGGGAGGUGGACUGUCGGGCGCCGGGUGCGGACGCUCCAGUGCAGUCUCGCUCGGGGGGCCGGUGCCCGCGCUCGCGCCGCCGCCGGGUGGGAAGGAUGAAGUUGCGGCUGGAGCGGCCGCCCUAUGAUUGGCUGUGGUGCUUGUGAACCCGAAGUAAAGAUGGCGGGCGGGCAGGCAGCCGCCGCACUGCCCGCUUGGAAGAUGGCGGCGCGCCGCAGCCUGGGCACCCGCGGCCGGGGGGUCCUGCGGGCGGCGGCGGCCCGGCUGCUGCCGCUGCUGCUGCUGAGCUGCUGCUGCGGCGCGGGUGGGUGCGCGGCUGCAGGCGAGAACGAGGAGACGGUGAUCAUCGGGCUGCGGCUGGAGGACACGAACGACGUGUCGUUCAUGGAAGGGGGGGCGCUGCGGGUGAGCGAGCGGACCCGGGUCAAGCUGCGGGUGUACGGGCAGAACAUCAACAACGAGACGUGGUCCCGCAUCGCCUUCACGGAGCAGGAGCGGCAGCCGCACGCGCCAGGCGAACGCGGGCUGGGGGGUCCCGCGCCGCCGGAGCCGGACAGCGGCCCCCAGCGCUGCGGCAUCCGCACCUCAGACAUCAUCAUCAUGCCGCACAUCAUCCUGAACCGCCGCACCUCGGGCAUCAUCGAGAUCGAGAUCAAACCGCUGCGCAAGAUGGAGAAGAGCAAGUCCUAUUACCUGUGCACGUCCCUGUCCACGCCGGCCCUGGGAGCCGGCGGCCCGGGCUCCGCCAGCGGGGCCGUCGGGGCCAAGGGCGGCGCGGGGGUGGCCGGGCUCCCGCCGCCCCCGUGGGCCGAGACCACCUGGAUUUACCACGACGGCGAGGACACGAAGAUGAUCGUGGGCGAGGAGAAGAAGUUCCUGCUGCCUUUCUGGCUGCAGGUGAUCUUCAUCUCGCUGCUGCUGUGCCUGUCGGGCAUGUUCAGCGGCCUCAACCUGGGGCUCAUGGCUCUGGACCCCAUGGAACUGCGCAUCGUGCAGAACUGCGGCACCGAGAAGGAGAAGAAUUACGCCAAGCGCAUCGAGCCCGUGCGCAGGCAGGGCAACUACCUGCUGUGCUCCUUGCUGCUGGGCAACGUGCUGGUCAACACCACGCUCACCAUCCUGCUCGACGACAUCGCCGGCUCCGGCCUGGUGGCGGUGGUGGUCUCCACCAUCGGCAUCGUCAUUUUCGGGGAGAUCGUACCCCAAGCCAUCUGCUCCCGCCACGGCCUGGCGGUAGGGGCCAACACUAUCUUUCUCACCAAGUUCUUCAUGAUGAUGACCUUCCCCGCUUCCUACCCGGUCAGCAAGCUGCUGGACUGCGUCCUGGGUCAAGAGAUAGGCACGGUGUAUAACCGGGAAAAGCUGUUGGAGAUGCUCCGGGUCACUGACCCCUACAACGACCUCGUGAAGGAGGAACUGAACAUCAUCCAAGGGGCGCUGGAACUGCGCACCAAGACGGUGGAGGACGUGAUGACUCCCCUCCGAGACUGCUUCAUGAUCACCGGCGAGGCCAUUCUGGACUUCAACACCAUGUCGGAGAUCAUGGAGAGCGGCUACACUCGCAUCCCCGUGUUUGAGGGAGAGCGCUCCAACAUCGUGGACCUGCUCUUUGUCAAAGACUUGGCCUUCGUGGAUCCGGAUGACUGUACUCCCUUGAAAACCAUCACCAAAUUUUAUAACCACCCCUUGCACUUUGUUUUCAAUGACACCAAGUUGGACGCUAUGCUGGAAGAAUUUAAGAAAGGUAAAUCUCACCUGGCCAUUGUGCAGCGGGUAAACAAUGAAGGAGAAGGAGACCCAUUUUAUGAAGUUCUGGGAAUUGUCACCUUAGAAGACGUGAUUGAAGAAAUCAUCAAAUCUGAGAUCCUAGAUGAAACAGAUUUAUACACUGAUAACAGAACGAAAAAGAAAGUGGCCCAUCGUGAAAGAAAACAGGAUUUUUCUGCCUUUAAGCAGACAGACAGCGAGAUGAAGGUUAAAAUAUCACCACAGCUUCUCCUGGCCAUGCAUCGUUUCCUAGCAACAGUGUCGGCAUGAGCCCUCUGAGACAUUUACCAGAGGUGGAGCAGUAACUUAAAAUGGGUCUGAAAGGUAAGGAUGAAUGUUAGCGCCACACUGCAUGUGUACCUAGGCCAGUCAUCUCCUUCCCGAGAAGGAGCUCCAUGCCCUCCACGGAGGGCAGCUGGCGGAGUAGGCUGACAGGCACACCAGACAGCACCUCGUUUGAUUGGACAGUUGAGUAAUUCUCUCUUCAGCUUGCCUUGGAAGAACACUUGGACAUCAGUGGUCACACAGGCGCUAUGGUUUGCAAAGAAGAUUUAAAAAAAAAAAAAGUAGAUUUUGAGAAUUAAAUCCUUAACUCUUAUGGCUUUGAUGAAAUGAGAGAUUCUAAGGACUUUGACAUGGAUUUCAUGGUGGCCUCUUCAGAUCAGAUUACUAACUUGGGCCUAUUCCAGGAGACAAAUGUUCACAUUAUUUAAAGCCACCAGGCCAGCCGGCACUCGCUGCUUCCGAGAGGUCAAGGUUGAAUGGAUUUGAGAGACUGACUAAACCCUCUCACACCCCACAUGGCCUUGUAGGUGAAGGGUGAGCUCUGAUGGCCAGGGGAAGGGUGAAAAAAAUCUGAAUAUACCCAGAGGCUUUUGUAGAAGACGUCUGUUUCCAGGAUGGUCAGCCAUUACCUGUCAACUGUAUGCAGUAUACUUACAGUAUUUUGAAAAGAAGGCUAACAGCGAUCACGUGACCGGAUGUUACCUACGCUUUCAGAUCACAUUUUCUGAGACAUGGAAAAUGCUCACAGUUAAAAUUUAUGACAUGGCCAAGUGUCUAUGACUUAGCGAGAAGUGGGAAAAGCCAGGAUGUAAAAGCAUGUGUACGUUAAGAUUGUAGUUAUGCUUUUGUGUGUCAAGUACACACAUGUACACAGACACACAUGCCUAGGCAAAGCACUGGAAAGAAAUACUCACCAAAUUGUUCUGAAUGGUUAUCUAAGUUGUUGGUUCAUAGAUCAUUUUUUAUUUUCUUUAUAUUUUCUGUAUUUUCCAAAUUUUCUGCAAUGUACUCUUAUUUUAUUAUUGACAAAAAAAGUCACAGAAGUGAAUGCAGAAUUUAUAGCUUCCUAUAGAGCAUCACAUUUUUACAAAAAUAAAAAAAGUGAUACCUGUAACUCGCUUAUUAUUCUUUUCCUAAUUCUGAGACGAUUGUCCCUCGUCAAGGAAGAACCACACAUGAAACCUGAAUGUUAUCCUACUCUGCCUCUGAGAAAUCAUAAAGUCCACUUCUCCAAUAGCACUCUAAGUCCGUAAUCUUGAUUUUUUGUUGUUGUUGUUCUCAAUAAAGUUACUACCAUUGUAAGUGCUGACCAACAUUCCAUUUUUGUUGGCAAGUUGGAGUGCAUGUUGAUGUGUGCACGGCCUUGCUUUUCUUCCACAUCUCUCCCUCAGUGGUCCCAGAUUUUGUCAGGCUAAGUGGAGGACGAGAGGCGUCUGCACCGGUACUAACCCACCCUCCGUGCUUCCACGCGGCUUCCUCCCUUGCCUGUUGUCGGACAGCCAGGCUGUGGUGGCUUGUUAAGGGUGUCCCGGCACUCACGGAGCCUGCUACUGGUUGGUUUUCAUUUCCACAAGUUGGAAACGUAGAGUACUUUUAUGAGACUGAAACCAAUGACAGGUUGAAAUGACUUUUUAAAAAGGAGCAAAUGUAAGCAUUCAGCAUUUUCUGAUUUCUCCCAGGUAAUCUGUCCCCCGUGGAUCAGCACGCGGAAGUCUCGUGCACCCAUGUUCUAUUCACAUUACCUGAGCACCUUAAUAACUAGCAUGAUGUUUCCAUCCGUUUGAAGUGUAAUGUC